AUGACUUCUUGUGACAAAGUAGAAAAUCCAAUUCUAUGUGCAAGGGGUUGUGGUUUUUAUGGAACAUCAAGCAAUAACAACCUUUGUUCCCAAUGUUACAAAGCUUUUCUUAAAGAAGAAGAGGCCAAGAAUGUAUCUUACAAGAAAUCUUCUCUUACUUUUCAUGAUGAUUCUGAAGGUACAACUAAGAACGUUGAUUCAACGAUGAAGAUUAAGCAAAGAUGCAUGACUUGCAAGAAGAAAGUAGGAUUAACAGGGUUUAGUUGUCGAUGUGAAGGAAUGUUUUGUAAGGUUCAUAGGUAUCCUGAAGAACAUGCAUGUACGUACGAUUUCAAGUCAAUUGGUCAUGUGACUUUGGCUAAGGAAAAUCCUCCAUGUAGAUCUGAUAAACUUGAGACUAGGAUCUAG